AGCCUCCGCGCGGAGAGGAGGGAAACAGCACGCUUCAAAGCACGCGGCUGCGUGAUACCGGCUACUCCCGAAAUAGGCUGCCCCUCCCGCGCCCCGCGCCCGGCCCAUCGCCCAUCCAUCGACGUGCUUUUAGUAUGCUGCGCGCAUGCGAACCGCCCGCACCCUCUGCGCUCCUAGUCAUCAUAAACCAUAACGCGAAUCAUAAAACCCACAAAAACUGACCACGCGACAAUAACAUGCAAUAAAAAUGGUAGCCAUGCUAGCCAAUCCCAAAUGGAGCGAGGACUUGACGAUUCAAAUGAUCAUAGAGUACGAAAAACGCGAAUAUCUAUGGAACCCCGUAUCGGAACAUUACAAGAAUAAGAAGAUACGCGAGCAAGGUUACGUGGAGAUUAUUAACGAGUUGAACUUGGUGGAUGUCACUGUAAAAGAAUUGAAGAAUAAGAUAAAAAAUAUCCGGUCGUCGUACAGUGUGGAGCUGAAGAAAAUUCGCGCGGCGCGGAAGGCCGGCGCGCAUGCGUACCGGCCCAGCGUCACGUGGUUCGAGCACGCAGACAGGUUUCUGCGGGCGAUCGUCACUCCGAGUUCCGUGGAUACGAGUUUGCUAGAGAUACCGGCGAGCGACGACAGCGACGCCGUGCAAGAUUUAAGCGAGCGGAAAUCUCCGGAGAAAAAGAGUCCUCGUAAAAGGCGCAGCUCGACGCGUUCGUCGACGCCGUACGUGCUGAACACGCCGUCGCCGCGGCCCGGGACACCGUUCGGGCUGAGCCAGCCCGCCGCGCCGUUCGGCAUCCUCCCGCCUGCCUCCUCCUCGUUCCUCAACCCUCCCGUGGGGAUCGCGACGCCGCUCAUUACGUCCCUCGCCACCAUCUACCCGGUGCCCGCUAAACAAAAGAAAGGCAAUUACGACGAUCGGAGCGACGACGGCCCUCAGGAUUUAAGUCAGCACUCUGAAAACGGAAACGAGAAUGAGUUCGAAAUGUUCGGGAAACUGAUAGCGAGCCAACUGCGGAAGUUGCCACUCAGUUUGGCGUUGGAAACGCAGCUCAAGAUACAAACUUUGGUGAACGCGGCGAGAAUUCAGGCUGUUUAUCAGCAAUACAACUACCCCGGGCCGUCGCAGGAAGCGCUCUCCGUGCAGGCGUUGUCCAAUGGGAUUCUGGCUAGCAUGGCUACUCAAAGCUCUUAUGCCUCACGUGUUAUGGGUUUGAGGAAUGAUUCUCCGGAAGAUAUGAGCCGCGAUAUGAGGACCGAAAAUUCUUUGGGGUCGGAGGUAGAUGAUUAAGUCCGUGUUUUUCCGGAUGCGGAACAAAUAGAUAUGUCGCAUCCUUUAAGGAUUUGCAGGGAAUCUCGGUAAUUAAAGGGUUUAGAGGAUUAUAAAGUCCACAAUUGCUCAUAGGGUACCUAAUCUCAAUGUUCGAUUAGACACAAUAAUUAAUGUGAUAGAUGUUUUAGAUACAAACACUACAGAUCUGGUUAGUACAAAGAAAGCCCAUGUUGAUACUCAGCAUACUUAAGAUGGAACUAGUCAAGUAUUUGGAUGUUUUCGAUGUUGUGAUCUCGUUGUUUCGGCUGUGUUGAUUUUAUUUUAUUUUAGAAAUUCUAAACUUUUACAAAAACUUUACUAGAUUAUUUUGGUCAGAUGAACUUGUAUCGGAAAAUGAUGGAGUAGAUUUUUUUUAUGGACUUUGCUCAUCUCAACGAUGUCAAAUUCGAUUUGAAGGAAAAAUAAUAUAUUUCCCCAUUACGAAUUUAUUUUGUGUGAUAGCUGCAUUUAAUAGUGAUACUAUUAUUAUUGUGAUUAUAAAUGUAAAUGCAUGUCGUUAUUGAAUAAGAAAUAAAUACCUCAAAUAGACAGUAUAGAGAAUAGACUUGGAAACUUGGAGUAUAUUUUAUCUGUUGUUCGAUGUGCCACGAUUAGAUUAUAAACAGAAUGUGAUUUAUUGAAAAUAAAAUGUUUUAUAAAUGUCA